UUCUCGCGAGAGCCCGUGCCGAGGGCUCUUGGAGGCCCCGUGUGUUUGUGUGUAUAUGCGUGUUAGUGAAUGUGAGUACGGGGAAGCAGCGGCCGCCAUUUCAGGGAGUCUGCGGACGCUGUCGCAGGGUUGGAUCCUGAGCUGCCGAAGUCUCCGUCCUGCACUCCCGCGCGGCUUCCCUAAUCCCAUUGUUUCUUUUAGAUUCGCUCAGGCCUAUCCGCCCUCGGAGCCCGAAAUCCGGGCUGGGCGUACCGCGGCCCGGGCCUAGAGUCUUAACUGUAGCAACAGCGGCGGCGGCGGCAGCUGCAGCAGCCCUCCUCUCCGAGCACGAGCACCACAGGGGCCCAGAAGCCCGCGCAGGCGUUUAGAGAAAAAUGGCAGACGAUAUUGAUAUCGAAGCAAUGCUUGAGGCUCCUUACAAGAAGGAUGAGAACAAGUUGAGCAGUGCUAAUGGCCAUGAAGAACGUAGCAAAAAGAGGAAAAAAAGCAAGAGCAGAAGUCGUAGUCAUGAACGAAAAAGAAGCAAAAGUAAGGAACGGAAGCGAAGCAGAGAUAGAGAAAGGAAAAAGAGCAAAAGCCGUGAAAGGAAGCGAAGUAGAAGCAAAGAAAGGAGACGGAGCCGCUCAAGAAGUCGAGAUCGCAGAUUCAGAGGCCGCUACAGAAGUCCUUACUCCGGACCAAAAUUUAACAGUGCCAUCCGAGGAAAGAUUGGGUUGCCUCAUAGCGUCAAAUUAAGCAGACGACGUUCCCGAAGCAAAAGUCCAUUCAGAAAAGACAAGAGCCCCGUGAGGGAACCUAUUGAUAAUCUAACUCCUGAGGAAAGAGAUGCAAGGACGGUUUUCUGCAUGCAGCUGGCAGCAAGAAUUCGACCAAGGGAUCUGGAAGAGUUUUUUUCUACAGUAGGAAAGGUUCGAGAUGUGAGGAUGAUUUCUGAUAGAAAUUCAAGACGGUCCAAGGGAAUUGCUUAUGUGGAGUUUGUUGAUGUUAGCUCAGUGCCUCUAGCAAUAGGAUUAACUGGCCAACGUGUUUUAGGAGUGCCAAUCAUAGUGCAGGCAUCACAGGCAGAAAAAAACAGAGCUGCAGCAAUGGCAAACAAUCUACAAAAGGGAAGUGCUGGACCUAUGAGGCUUUAUGUGGGCUCAUUACACUUUAACAUAACUGAAGAUAUGCUGCGGGGGAUCUUUGAGCCUUUUGGAAGGAUUGAAAGCAUCCAGCUCAUGAUGGAUAGUGAAACAGGUCGAUCCAAGGGAUACGGAUUUAUUACGUUUUCCGAUUCAGAAUGUGCCAAGAAGGCUUUGGAACAGCUUAAUGGAUUUGAGCUAGCAGGAAGGCCAAUGAAAGUUGGUCAUGUUACUGAACGAACUGAUGCUUCCAGCGCUAGCUCCUUUUUGGACAGUGAUGAACUGGAAAGGACUGGAAUUGAUUUGGGAACAACUGGUCGUCUUCAAUUAAUGGCAAGACUUGCAGAGGGUACAGGUUUGCAGAUCCCACCAGCAGCACAGCAAGCUCUACAAAUGAGUGGCUCCUUGGCAUUUGGUGCUGUGGCAGAAUUCUCUUUUGUUAUAGAUUUGCAAACAAGACUUUCCCAACAGACUGAAGCUUCAGCUUUAGCUGCAGCUGCCUCUGUUCAACCUCUUGCAACACAGUGUUUUCAACUCUCUAACAUGUUUAACCCUCAAACAGAAGAAGAAGUUGGAUGGGAUACAGAGAUUAAGGAUGAUGUGAUUGAAGAAUGUAAUAAACAUGGAGGAGUUAUUCAUAUUUAUGUUGACAAAAAUUCAGCUCAGGGCAACGUGUAUGUGAAGUGCCCAUCAAUUGCUGCAGCCAUUGCUGCUGUAAAUGCAUUGCAUGGCAGGUGGUUUGCUGGUAAAAUGAUAACAGCAGCGUAUGUACCUCUUCCAACUUAUCACAACCUCUUUCCUGAUUCUAUGACAGCAACACAACUACUGGUCCCAAGUAGACGAUGAAGGAAGAUAUAGUCUCUUAUGUACAUAGCUCUUUUUCUUUUGAGAAUUCAUCUUGAGUUAUCUUUUAUUUAGAUAAAAUAAAGAGGCAAGGGUCUACUGUCAUUUGUAUACAAUUCCUGUUACCGUGAAAAAAUAAAAAUGUUAACAGGAAUGCAGUGUGCUCGUUCUCCCUAUAUAGCAAAUCCCACUGUAUACAAAACUGUUCUCUUGUUCUGCCUUUUAUAUGUACAUGUAGAAAAUUACAUUAAGGAUAUAUAGAAAUAGCUCUAGGGGAACAAAUGUGCUUAAUGUAAAAAGGCAGACAGGGAUAUAAUGUUUUUAAUGUUUCAUUUCAGAAGCCUAACUUUUUACACAACAGUUACAUUUCACAUUUUCACUAAUGUUGAUAUGGCUAAAAAAAAUGGAAAUUCAAGACAGCUAAAGGGCUGUUUGAUUAACAUCUCAUCUUGCGCUCUGAUCAAUUAGCAAAAGAUUUCAAAAUUACAUUUCUGAAUGGUAUCUUUUCAAUUAAUGUAUCUGUAAAAGUUUCUCUGUAAAUAUGUGUUCUAGUGUGUCUAAGAUUCCAAACAAAAUGAUCCCUGCAUUUCCUCAAGAUGUUUAGUGAGUCUGGUAAGCAAAACAGUCUGAGCAAGAAAUGGGAAAUGCAGAAAUAGGUUUUGUCUGGUUGCAUAUAAUCUUUGCUCUUUUUAAGCUCUGUGAGCUCUGAAAUAUAUUUUUGGGUUACUUCAGUGUGUUUGACAAGACAGCUUGAUAUUUCUAUCAAACAAAUGACUUUCAUAUUGCAACAAUCUUUGUAAGAACCACUCAAAUAAAAUUCUCUUAAAAAGGC